GGUUUCUCUUCUUUGUUUUAUAUGGACACCUACUACCUUUUUGCGUCAAGUGUUGCUGCCCUAACAGCCCGAGUAUUCACGCACCCGAUUGAUACGAUCAAAACCCGCCUUCAAGUAAGAAGUACUACGGGCCAUGAAUACCAGCAACUCAAACAGGUGAUUUUACCUGUCGAAGAGUCAAAUCGCAAUGUCUUUGGCACUCUGCGAUCACUAUAUCGUGGGUUGCCUGUUACUCUCUUGUUCUCAGUCCCGGCCUUAUCUGUUUAUUUGACGUGUUACGAAACGACCAAGGCGCACUUGGCUCAUCGAGGCGGUCUCUUUGAUCGAGAUGGCAUAUUGAACCAUCUUGCCUCGGGCUGCUUGGCCGAAGUAGCAGCAGGCGUCCUCUUUACGCCCAUGGAAGUCAUGAAAAAUCAAUUGCAAACACAAGGAGUAGGCUCUUCACGGUCGGCGUGGUCCUUGGCUCAACACAUAUGGCAGGCUGAAGGAAUCAAGGGAUUCUUUCGCGGAUACUGGAUGGGAUUGGCCGUUUUUGUACCUCACACGAUGACUUAUUUUGCCGUGUACGAGCAAUGCAAAAUGGCUUAUGCGCGCCAUUAUAACUACCAACACCAAGGUGAUUCAGCACAGCUGCCCAUGGGUGCGUAUUUAUUAUGCUCCGGGGUAGCUAGUACAAUGGGUAUCAUGCUUUCGACGCCUCUGGAUAUCGUCAAGACACGGUGGCAAAUUUCGGCUGCUGAACAUGGCGCGGCGUUUCGACUAGGCCCGUUCGACAUAGUAAGACGGAUGUGGCAACGAGAGGGUCGAUGGCGUGCAUUCACGCGAGGUCUCGUCGCAAGAAUUGCUUGGGGUAUCCCUACAACGGCGAUCAGUAUGUCAGUGUUUGAGGCUUUCAAAGAUUGGCGAGCCAACCAGAAUUCUUAAAGCGACCAAUACACAACAUACCAGAAACGUUUUCCCUCCCCAUGCCCACCCAUACACACCAUCGUCAGUCCAUGAUCCAAUUGUAUAUGCAGCAGACAUCUCACUACCAAUUCGUCAUCUUUUGGUUGCUUUUUAAUAGAGUAUGUACUUGUUUUUUUAAUUGUCUUAAAUUAUUAAGUAUUGGGGUGGGAAGAGUACAUUUUUAGGCGAGCGGAAAUUUUCUGUUAUUAUGGGUUGGAUGUAAAUGGUUAAAGAAGCGCG